AGGGGAGGAAAAAAGCCAGGUGUGGGACAGGCAUUAGGUGUGCAAACCCCACCAAUGUGAGUGAGGAGAGAUGGGAGGGGGGAACAUGGAUGCACUACGGUGAUCGGGUGUGCAAGGACCUCGGAACCGUGGGUGUCAGGGUGUGAGUUAGUGUAUGUGUGAAGGGGCGGGAGGAGCUAGGGGAGGAAAGGGGAGGAGAGACCCUCUCCUCUCCGCCGCAGCGGCCGCUCACGCCUGGCGCCAUCGCCCUUUUAAGAGCUGAGCCUGGGGAGGGAGGGAGAGGAGGCUGAGCGGAGCUGGGGGAGCAGCGCGCGAUUCCUGGAACAGCCGGACCAAAAAAAAAAAAAAAAAAACCCAAAGCCGGAGCUGAAGCUGGAGCCGCCGCGACCGUUUCAAGUUCCCCCCGCGUGGAAAAUGUACCUGAUUUCUGUCCAAAGCUCCGGGAUGUAAAACUAAAAAGGGGGGGGGGGGGUAGCUAUGGAGAUGGAGACCUCGGCAGGCUCCUUUCUUUGACAGGUGUGGAGUAGGGGAAAAAGUCUGAAAGAGAAACAAGCAGCAUGUACGCCAAGGGAGGAAAGGGUUCUGCCGUCCCCUCCGACAGCCAGGCUCGGGAAAAGUUGGCGCUCUAUGUCUAUGAGUAUCUGCUUCAUGUGGGAGCCCAGAAGUCAGCCCAGACCUUCCUGUCGGAGAUCCGGUGGGAGAAGAAUAUUACAUUAGGGGAGCCCCCAGGGUUUCUUCAUUCCUGGUGGUGUGUAUUCUGGGACCUGUACUGUGCAGCCCCUGACCGACGAGAGACCUGUGAGCAUUCUAGUGAAGCCAAGGCUUUUCAUGACUACAGUGCGGCUGCAGCACCGAGCCCGGUGAUGGGUAGCAUGGCUCCCAGUGAUGGGAUGCCUAUGCCAGCUGGCUUCUUUCAGGUAUUACAAUGGAGCUUUCAGGGNNNCCCCCGGCCGUCCCUCCGAAUGCCAAACCAGCCACCUGUGGGCGUCCCGGGCUCCCAGCCGCUGCUGCCCAACGCCAUGGAUCCAUCCACGCGGGCUCAGGGCCAUCCGAGCAUGGGGGGCCCAAUGCAGAGGAUGAAUCCGCCCAGGGGAAUGGCGGGCAUGGGGCCUCAGAAUUACGGCAGCGGGAUGCGGCCUCCCCCCAAUGCCCUCGCCGGGCCCGGCAUGCCAGGGAUGAACAUGGGUCCAGGAGGACGAGGGCCGUGGCCUAACCCCAGCGCCAACUCCAUAGCGUACUCCUCCUCCUCCCCAGGCAACUAUGCGGGUCCUCCAGGAGGAGGCGGCCCCCCUGGAACCCCCAUCAUGCCUAGUCCUGGAGACUCAACCAACUCCAGUGAGAGUAUGUACACCAUGAUGAACCCCAUUGGGCCAGGCAGCAACAGGCCCAACUUCCCAAUGGGCCCUGGGCCUGAGGGCCCCAUGGCGGCAAUGGGGGCAAUGGAACCGCACCACAUGAACGGCUCAUUAGGCUCAGGCGACAUGGAUGGGUUGUCCAAGAACUCUCCGAACAACAUGGCCGGCAUGAGCAACCCCCCAGGCACCCCACGGGACGACGGCGAGAUGGGCGGGACCUUCCUCAACCCCUUCCAGAGUGAAAGCUACUCGCCCAGCUUGACCAUGAGCGUGUGAGGACAGCCCAGCCCUCGGCCCCGGCCCCUUGUAAACUUGUGUAUUUAAGGACCGGAUACACCCCUUUCCCUCCUCUUCCCCCUCCGCCUCCCAUCCCCGCCCGUCCCCUGGGAGCUGGCCCGCCCCAGCGAGGGGUGCUCCUGAACUCUGCGGGGGGCUGGGGGCGGGAGGCAUCCGAGGCGACCGGACACGCGGACGCAGCAAGGAGCGGGCUGGGCCGUCCCUUCCGCCUGGGUCCGCUCCGACCCGACGGCCGGGGGAGGCGGAGCCGGUGCCCCUGCCGAAGCGACCCUGGGGGAGGCAGGGCAGCCUUUCCGGCCGGGGCUGCCCCCUGGGCCUGCGGGCCGACGUUCCAUGCACCAACAACUUUACUUUUAUACCGCGAGGACCUCAGAGACAGACAGAUGGACCGGAGUCCACUCCCCCGGCUGUACAGCCUUCCCCCCGCUGGGGCCACCCCGGGCCCAUCUGUGUGCAGGGCUGGCGGCUCAGGCCGGGGGUGCCUGCUCUCCGCUGCCAGGCCUGUGAAGACGGAGCCAUGGAAAGGGGGGUGGGGGGAGGGCGGGGGAACCUGCAUCAAUAAAUGGAAUUGGAAAUUUUUUUCAUAA